UUCCUCCAUGUGGCUGUGGAUUGAUGUCUGAAAUCCGUAGUGGAAGUGGAAGUGGAGUAGCGUUGUUUUCUUAUUCAGGAUUAACUGUAAACUGUAAAAUAUAGUUCGAUUAGUGUAACAUAAGAGUUAAUAUAAUUUUGGACUGCAAUGGCUAAGAGAAGAAUAGAAGUAAUUGAUCCAUACGUAACGAAGAAACGCAGCACUGAGGGAUCCUCAGAACAAUUAUUAAGGCCCAUGAUUCCAGCCGUUAUUCCUCAGACUACACAGAAAAAUCUGCAGGUCAAUCCAUUCACCGGUUUGCCUUACACACCCAGGUACCAUGAAUUUCUUCGAAAGCGAAUAACACUUCCAGUUUUUGAGUAUAGAGAGGAGUUCAUGAAAUUAUUGGCUGAGCACCAAUGUAUCGUGUUGGUAGGAGAGACUGGAUCUGGGAAAACCACACAAAUUCCACAAUGGUGUGUAGAAUAUUCUCGGUCAGUGGGCAAGAGAGGCGUGGCCUGCACUCAGCCGAGACGAGUAGCAGCAAUGUCCGUGGCUCAGAGAGUCUCGGAGGAGAUGGACGUCUGUCUUGGCCAAGAAGUUGGAUACAGCAUUCGAUUUGAGGACUGCUCCUCGGCUAAAACUUUGCUAAAGUACAUGACUGACGGUAUGUUGCUGCGAGAAGGCAUGUCAGACCCGAUGUUGGAAAACUAUCAGGUGAUCCUGCUGGACGAGGCCCACGAAAGAACACUAGCUACAGAUAUCCUCAUGGGCGUACUGAAGGAAGUGGCCAAGCAGAGGUCAGAUUUGAAGCUGGUCAUCAUGUCUGCUACUCUUGAUGCAGGCAAAUUCCAGCAAUACUUUGACAAUGCACCACUGAUGAAUGUGCCUGGCCGAACACACCCGGUGGAGAUAUUCUACACGCCCGAGCCAGAGAGGGACUAUCUGGAGGCUGCUAUCCGUACCGUCAUACAGAUCCACAUGUGCGAGGAGGUGGCCGGUGACGUCCUGCUCUUCCUCACUGGCCAGGAGGAAAUAGAAGAGGCGUGCAAGAGGAUCAAAAGAGAGAUCGACAACCUCGGACCAGAUGUCGGAGAACUUAAAUGUAUACCCUUGUACUCGACCCUGCCACCCAACCUGCAACAGCGUAUCUUCGAGCCCGCACCUCCCAACAAGCCCAAUGGCGCCAUUGGCCGCAAGGUGGUGGUCAGCACCAACAUCGCCGAGACAUCCCUCACCAUCGACGGUGUGGUGUUUGUCAUAGACCCAGGCUUUGCCAAGCAGAAGGUGUACAACCCCCGUAUCCGUGUGGAGUCGUUGUUGGUGUCCCCCAUCAGUAAGGCCUCAGCACAGCAGAGAGCAGGUCGAGCCGGACGUACCAGACCCGGAAAAUGUUUCAGGUUAUACACUGAGAAAGCGUACAAAAAUGAGAUGCAAGAAAACACAUAUCCUGAGAUUCUGCGGUCAAAUCUGGGUUCUGUUGUUCUGCAACUGAAAAAGCUGGGCAUUGACGAUCUGGUCCAUUUUGACUUCAUGGAUCCCCCAGCUCCUGAAACGCUGAUGCGAGCUCUAGAGCUGCUCAACUACCUGGCGGCCUUGGACGAUGACGGGAACCUGACAGACCUGGGCUCAGUCAUGGCCGAACUGCCGCUGGACCCACAGUUGGCCAAACUGCUCAUCUCCAGCUGUACUCUCAACUGUUCCAAUGAGAUUCUGUCCAUUACCGCCAUGUUGUCAGUCCCGCAGUGCUUCGUCCGACCCAAUGAGGCCAAGAAAGCCGCAGACGACGCCAAGAUGCGGUUCGCCCACAUAGACGGCGACCACCUGACACUCCUCAACGUCUAUCACGCCUUCAAACAGAAUGCGGAAGAUCCACAGUGGUGCUAUGAUAACUUUGUCAACUACCGUUCGCUCAAAUCUGGGGACAACGUGAGGCAGCAACUGUCACGGAUCAUGGACAGAUUCAACCUGAAACGCACAUCCACAGACUUCACUUCCAAAGACUACUACAUCAACAUCCGCAAGGCACUCGUUACAGGGUUCUUCAUGCAGGUGGCACACCUGGAGCGGACAGGUCACUACCUGACAAUCAAAGACAACCAGGUGGUCCAGCUGCACCCUUCCACGUGUCUGGACCACAAGCCGGAGUGGGUGGUUUACAACGAGUUUGUGCUGACCACCAAAAACUACAUCCGCACUGUCACAGACAUCAAGCCCGAGUGGUUGCUCAAGCUGGCACCGCAGUACUAUGACCUCCAGAACUUCCCCCAGUGUGAGGCCAAGCGUCAGCUGGAGAUAUUACAAGCCAAAAUGGAGACCCGCCAAUAUCAAGAGGGAUUUUGAACUCGUCCGUUGCUAAUCCAAAAUCACUUGUGGUGACACAAGUUUCCGUAAUUUUUUAAAUGUUAGGAUAUCAUUUCAUAUUUUAACAUAAUGUGAUUUCUUGUAAUCUUAUCAUUAUACCUGUAUAAUAAUGGCGUAUUAUGAAAAUAUUUUUAUAUCGUUGUUAUUUUGCACUAUUCUAUUUGAUUUUGUUUCCGUUUUUUUUUUAUUGCCACAGAUAACGAGCUUGUAACAUUUGUAACUGAGAGUUCAGGGUUAGUGACCUCACCACCUUAAUUUGAUUAUUGGAUUACUUGUACAGUUGUUGUAAAAAAUUUUGUUUAAUAAACCUUAUAUAAUCAACAA